CAGAAAAAUAUAGGACCAUUGUACUUUGCAAGUGACAAGUUAAAAGUAGUAGAAAUGUUUAAUCAACCUUUCUCGAUUGUUUUUCUUACACUAAUUUCAUUUUCUUCUUCACAAUACAUAUCGUCAGGUCAAUGUGAAGACAACAGAAGUAAAAGCGGUAGAUAAUUUCGAUUUUGCGAGGUAUGCAGAACCUGGUAAGAAAUGGUACACCAUGUUUACGUACAACAUCCCUGCCGACUGCGAGUACGCGAAUUUUACUAUGACAUCAGAUGUAACCGGGGACUUCUUUUGGAUACGAAAAAAUUUAACAACCGGUCAAUGGAGUGGCAGAUCUGAUGGUGUAGUAACAUGGACACCGGCUAGUAAUAGACGUGAAGGAAUUAUAAGUCAAAAAUACCCCAAUGUUGCCAAUCCACUGGUAUAUCUAAUUCUUGGAGUUCGUUAUGAUGAGUACGUCGUUGAGUAUAGAUGCGUUAAUGUUAAUAGCACAACCAGAAUGGAAUUUAUGUGGACCAGAGGCAGGACUAAGCGUUACACAGAUCUAACGGCAAUUAGAGUUAGGCAAGUUCGUAUAAAUAACGGUCUCGCUAAUUUACGAGGAACUUUUGCUGCACAGGACCAAUAUCGCUGCUCACCAUAAAAUAACAGUAAAAUUUUCCGAAAUUAAUUAAUAUUACAUUUGUUAGCAAUAUAAAUGAGUUUUUUGAAAUCAA